GUGUAGCGAGGCGUGGAGUAUGCCGGUGCUUGACCGUGUGGUGAAUUGUUUUAGUUUUCCUUUAAUUAAAACCAAAUAACCAUAUAUAGUAAUCAAAAAAUAAAAUAAUUAUGUAUAAUUUACUCAUCUGCUGCAUGCCUAUGUGAAAAAGUGUCUGCCAUUGCUGGUGAAAAGAUAUUGGGUAAAAGCCAGGUCUAGGCUUAUAAAAGAAAAAAAUAUUUUAUUACCUACAAAAUUAUAUUGUUUUAACUAAGAUGAGUGAUUAUUAUAACAUCGUGCCGUGGUUUGAUAGUAAAGAAUGGAAUAAAGUCUAUAUGGAUAUCUAUUCGCCAAGUUCGACUGAACUCACUAAAGAAGACGCUCUUGAAUUAUUGCGUGUGUGGAAAGCUAGAAGUUGUAUAUUGCCGUCAGGUAUCGAAUCUACAUUAACUUUACUAGAAGUAAGUAUUCAAGAUAUUAAAAGUUUCGAUGCAGUCGGUGAACAAAUAAUGCGCUUAGCUUAUUCAACUGCAUUAAUGAGAUUUGUAAAUCAUAUGCUUGAUUCGCAAACCUCAAAAGGGAGUAGUUUGUAUAAAGCAGCUCAGAACUUAGGAGUGCCUGACUGGAUGAUAGACUUGCGUCAUGAUACUGCACAUGGUAAUGUGUUGCCUUCAAUUGAACUUCUCAGAGAGGCCACAACCAUUGGCUUUGAAUGGCUUAAGGUGAACUACUGGGAUAAACAUAAAGAAAUUGUUAAAGAUUAUAUCUGCGGUUAUAAUUAUUUGAAGAAUGAUGAGCAAAAAAGAGUUUGCAUAUUAAUGAAUUUCUGUUUUACAUUGAGCAUAUGUGCACAUACUAAAUUGAAAAUUAAAAAGUUAGCUGACAUUCCUGACAAAAGUAUAAGAAAAUCCAUGAUAAAAGAUAUACAAGAAUUAUUUGGAGAUUCUGUAAAUUUAUCAAAUUUGAAGAAAGUUACCAUUCUUUCUUUAAUCAAUCUGAUCAAUACACAUUCUAAGCGUCUAUUAAAAUCCGAAAAUACAGAUACACUUGUGAAUGAAGCUUUGCUGGGAAAGGAUUCAUUAUUUUUGUCAAUGGAUCUGUUUAAUUUUUUGAAUGAACAUGGUUCUAGGAAAGAAUAUAGUUUGAGCAAACAUUAUGUUCAUUGUUUUGAAAUAUUACUUACAUAUUUACAUACAAAUGAUCUACUUGAUAACUUUGUAAUAGAGCUUAUGACAAUCACACAAAAUUGUGAAUUUAGCAGUCAAAAGCGCCGGCUUGCUGCAUUGUGGACAUCAGAAAUUUUGAAAGCAUUAAAAAAAUCAAGCCAAUUUGUUAAAAGGAUGAACAAAAAUUCAUCUCAUUAUAUGGAGAAAAAAAAGAAAAGUGAACUGAAGUCACUUUUUUACCACUGGUUUCCAAAUGAAAGGGGCUGUGGUCUGUUAUUAGAUUUAUUCAUGCCUAUACCAAAAAAUUUGACCUCUAUAAACAGGAUACGGCCUUUUUUAUCAACUUACAAUGUUUAUCUAACUUAUUUCAUUAAGGAUAUUUUGAAUAUUCUCGAACCACCGCUACCUGCGGAAAUAUCUGAGAAAAUAUGUGAUCUUACAACUAUCAUAGCAUCUCCUAUGAAAGAAUUUGAUAAAAAGGAACCAAAUAAGGUAUUUACGGUUUUCGAUGUUAAAGUGGCAACAGAUAAGCAUUUUGCAAAAAAAGUUGAUGAAGAGAUAGAGAUAUACGCAAAUGCUCCAGACUCACCAAACGAACCAAUAACUUGUGGCAUAUGGAAGCUGGAAAUCUUUGAGAAUCAUUAUUGGUCUAAAUGUCCUAUUGGAAAAGUCCCGGCAUUUCUACAGGUAUUGCCAGGUACUACAGACAAAGAAAUUAAUGAACCUAUGGAUAUUGAAACAUCUCAGUAAUAAAAAUAAGAUUUCUACAGCAAAUUGUUUAUUUUUUUAUAUUUGUAUACAGUUUAAUGGUUUGGUUACAUUUCAUUGUAUUGACAUCAUAGAGUCCUAAAAUUUAAACAAUAUACAUGUUACUUAACUAGUUAUAUAUAUAAUACAGGUUACAAACAAAAAAGUACAGCAAACAUUAAAAAGUUCAUUAAAAUAGUAGAGAAUACGGCAUUGGUCCUUAGAGAAUACGAAGUUCAAUAAUUCUUUUUCAAAACAGUAUCUACAAAAAGUUAAAAUAACCACAGUAAAUAUUGUUUAUAAUCAUUAUAAAAGAUAGAUUUGUUUUUAAUUCUUCUAAGCAACCCAAUUUGCAGUUUAAAAUAGUAAAAUUUUAUAUGCAAUUAAUUUUAGAUUUAUUCAACCAAAUGAUUGAUGUUAUUUGCACCAUAUUUUAAAAAUAUUUUUUUACAGCAAAUAAUUGUAUAAUGGCUUAAAUACUUAAAAAAGAACAUAAGACUAACACAGCAUUACAAUCUCGUUUAACAUAGUGGUAUUUACAACAUCCACAGGGGAAUAUUAAGACUUAUCUACAUGCACGCCAGCCAUUCUUCACCUUGAAGCCAAAUUGCACAUUUAUUAAAACAUAACUUAAUCAUCCAGUAUGAGUAUGCCAACAUGGUACUCUGAAUUCUACAAUAAACACCACAUAAAAGUCAAAAUUGUUUCUCCAUACCCUUUGAAUGACAGUAGUAUAACUUGUCCCAGGUGAGCGAUGACCACUAAAUGAAAUUGUUUGACAGCAGUUUAGCUCUGAAAACAAUCAAAUUUUCUAUCAAACCUAACGGGUUUUCAAAAUUUGAUAGCAUGAGCCUUAUUAGACGCUUUUUUCAUAAAUUAAACAUUUAAAAAUUAUAUUUUUUAAACAUAUUUGAUAAAAAAUUUGAUUGUUUGACACAUUUUGUUCAUCUAGGACAACGAAAAACAUUGAAUAACAGCGUAUUGACAACGUGGAAUGCUGAAAGCAAACAAGUGAAGGCACGAAGGUACAUACAAACUACACACAAACAUCAUAACCCAUUCGGAAACUUUGUUCUCAGCAAAGCUUACAGCUACAAUGAACCGAUUGUCAUGAACUAAGUCGAGAUUCUAUUAAGAAAAAUGUUUACUAACAAUAACCUACAGCCUACAGUUUGGGAAUUAAAGCAGUUCCGAUAAACAGGGGUUUUCACAGAAGUUCGUUGUAUGAAAUACUAAGCAAGUACUAUUCUAUAUAGACUUAUUUAAAAGCGGACACAGUAUUUGUGACUUAACAAUACAUUCAAUAGCUUAUCAAUAGACAGUCUUUUAGAUAAUAACAGCAAAUAAAAGCAAGGUACAGUUACAACAGUUGGCGUAUUUGUUCACAUAAGCUGUUACUAAGUAAAUUUGCAAGUUUUUUUUUAAACAUAAAGGUGAAUAAAGACUGGAGCAUUUACUUCUAACAGAACAACGAGCCACUCUAUAUGUUCAAGACCCUUUCAUGAACCUCACAUGCUUUUGAAAUUGAUUUUACCUAUAACAUACAAUUCGUAAAAACGUUACAUUACAUAGAAAUGUUCGCGACAAUGCUCUAGUGUAUAUUCACCUUAAGACACAAUAAGGAAUUAUUCAGAUUUUAACAUAACUAAUGCUUCCUCAGUCUACUGUACUUUGCUUCUUGCUAGUGACACUUCUUUGCGUUGUAAAAAUGUGUGGGUAUAUGUAAAUAAUUUACAGUACAUGUAUAAUAUAAAGGCCGUUACACACUGCAAUA